AUGGCUGAUAGAUACUCCUUCUCCUUAACCACAUUCUCCCCAAGUGGUAAAUUAGUACAAAUUGAAUAUGCAUUAAGUGCUGUUAAACAAGGUGUUACAUCAUUAGGUAUCAAAGCCACCAAUGGUGUUGUGCUCGCCACUGAAAAGAAAUCUUCUUCAUCAUUAAUAAACACUGAUACAUUAUCUAAAAUUUCUUUAAUAACACCAGAUAUUGGUGCUGUUUAUUCAGGUAUGGGUCCUGAUUUUAGAGUGCUAGUUGAUAAAUCAAGAAAAAUUUCUCAUACAAACUAUAAAAGAAUUUAUAAUGAAUAUCCACCAACAAAAAUUCUUGUUAGUGAAGUGGCUAAAAUAAUGCAAGAAUCUACUCAAUCAGGUGGUGUUAGACCUUAUGGUGUUUCUUUAUUAAUCGCUGGUUACGAUGAUCAUAAUAAAUUUGGACUUUAUCAAGUUGAUCCUUCAGGUUCUUAUUUCCCAUGGAAGGCAACUGCAAUUGGUAAAGGUGCUGUUGCAGCUAAAACUUUUUUGGAAAAAAGAUGGAAUGAUGAAUUAGAAUUAGAAGAUGCUAUCCAUAUUGCUCUAUUAACUUUAAAAGAAUCCAUUGAAGGUGAUAUGAAUGGUGAUACUGUGGAAAUUGCAAUUGUUGGUGAACCAAAUGAUGAUGCAUUAGGUUUUAAAGGUGGUAAAAAUGAACAAGGUCCAAGAUUUAAAAAAUUAUCUGCACAAGAAAUAAAUGAUAGAUUAGAAAGUUUGUGA